GCUGGCAAAUAUUGGUUCAAACCGCCCAAUCAGGGAAGCCAAUAUUCAUUCUUCAAUGAUCCCGAUGAAAUCUCCAAACUAUGACACUUCUAGCUCCUACAUGGUUGUUUCAAGGUUAUAUUCACCUUCUAGUUUGGCUGCAAAGCUUAUUGCUAAUUUGCUUAUAAUGGGCUCUGGAAUUUUAGGAAGGGCUGUCUUCCAAGCAUAUCGUAAAGCACUUGAAAGGGUAUAUUUGCCAAUCUUCUUUGUGAUAAUUGAUAUAUUAAAAUUUUAUUUUAUUUUUAAAUUAUUUGGGCAGAGGUAUGAUACACUGUUUGAGAGGAAUGGGAAGAUGGGGAGCUUCUACCUGCAGUCAAAAGUUCAUAGGGCCAAGGAGUGUCUAGAGGCUGCAUAUCAGAAGAGUGGCGAAGGAACUCAAUAACCAGGUUCAAUUAAAUUGAGUUUCCUUGUAAACCCUAAGAUUUGGCAUAAUUUGUAAUUUUUGAUUUGUUUAAAUUCUGAUUAUAAGGUUUUGUUCUGUAAUGGGUGUAAUAUAUGAAAGAAAUUGUUAUCUUUAAAAGAACAUAUAUGUUAAGUCCGUGUAUGUUUUGGUUGAUUA